GUCAAUUUCAUUUCAAUGAUGGAAUACAAAAGAACAAAAAAUUCUCUUCCAGAUUUUGGCCCAACGCUCUCAAUCUUAUCAGACUCACCAAUCCACAGAGAGACACAAACCACUUCAAUUCCUCACUAAUACAGCUAGGGUAUGGGUUUGACCUAACAAGAAGAACAAAGUAUUUUAUUUCUGUGUAUGUAUAUGGCAUCAUCGGUGCCUUUGCUACAUUAUUCACCGGGGUUGAAGAUCAAGAGUGGGCAUUUGGGUUCUUCUUCUAAUUUCUCAGCUUCGUCGUCAUCAUCGGCUUCGAGUUCUUCGUCUUCGUCGAGUUGUUGCUGCUUCGAUAAUCGGCUGGGCUUCGGUUGGAGCUGGAAUCUCUGCAAUUUUGCUGGAAUAAACAAUAUUUGGAAACAUCAAAGCCUUAGAGCUCAACCUAUGAGUACCACUCAAGGAAAUGUUGCAUCACCAAGGGGUAUUACUAAUGUGAAAGAUGAACCUGAUCAUCUUCUUGUCCUUGUUCAUGGCAUCUUGGGGAGUCCAAGUGAUUGGAUAUAUGUAGAGACAGAGUUGAAGAGGCGUCUUGGAAGGAACUUUUUAAUUUACGCAAGUUCCUGUAACACUUAUUCAAAAACAUUUGCUGGGAUUGAUGGAGCUGGAAAAAGAUUAGCAGAUGAAGUCAUACAAAUAGUAAAAAGGACAGAGAGCUUGAAGAGGAUAUCAUUUUUAGCCCAUUCUCUUGGUGGAUUGUUUGCCAGAUAUGCAAUUGCUGUCCUUUAUUCACCAGAUGCCUUCAGCAGUGAUCAGCCUAAUGAUGUACCUGCUUCUACCAAUGCAAACUCAAAAACACCAUGCUCUUCAAAACGAGGUACGAUCGCUGGGUUGGAGCCAGUCAAUUUUAUUACCUUGGCAACUCCACAUCUUGGUGUGAGAGGGAAGAAGCAGGUGUGUGCUCGUGCGUUGUGCCUGUUCUGUUAUUUAGCCUCUAUGUGGCAACUCAUAUAUUUGGUUCUUUUAUUUUUCAAUAUUAUUAAAUUUCUUUGACGCUAGGUUUGAGGUACUGUUCUUUGCUUCCAAUUUUCUUAGACUUUCAUGGAGACACGGAUAUUUCUUUUUGUAAUUUUUUCCCAUUUUAAUCAUGGUAGUAGGAGGGAUGGUAUCUUGGUAGGUUCUAUGACUUCUCUCUUGUCCUUGGUUGAAGAAGGGCUCUUUAAAAUUGACCAUUUGUCUAUUUUACUUGGCAAAUAUAGAAUUGCUUGGCUAUUAUUACAUGGUUAAAGAUAAUCACUUACAUAAAAAUAUACAGGGAAUCUUACUUGGAUGCUGGCAUGACUUGCUUUAGAAAGUCAUGGCCUAUAUUAGUUAAAGAAGAUACAAGUGGAGAAUGAGUGCGAGAGUGAUGUAGAGAAGGUUACAACUUACCAGGAAUGUUUUAGCCUCGUUUUAUUUUAAAUGAAGACAUUAGUAAUAAAUUUGGGGUACUUAUAAGCUUUUGACACAUGAACAAUGGGGCACAAAGGUUUAGGAUCUCAGGUUUUCCUUUUCAUACCUACUUAUUUGGAGGUGUUGGAUCAUUGGAUGGCUGUUAUUUACUCCCAUAAAGUUUUCAAAAAUCUCUAGAAGUUUAAGAAUUGGUAGGGCUGCACUUGGAAGAAGAGGAAAAAGUUUUUCUUUGAGAUGGUAUCAACAGCAAUCUUUUUUCAAAUUCAUGAAUGCAUCUUGUCGAAGUUUAUUUCAAGUAACAAGGUCAUGGCUACUUUAUUUACUUUAUCAUGUUGAAAUAUUAGCUGACAUGUGUUGGGGCUCGCAUAAUUGAGGCUCUAGUUACAUGGAGAUUUGGGCUUUAAGUUACUAUGUUGGACAUAUUAGACAGAGCAUAAAUUAUUAUCCUAUCGCAGGUGAAGCCCUGCUUGCAAUGAGUCAUUAGAGCUUAGGUAUGAUAAUAAUUUCUCUCAGCCACCUAAGGUUGUUGAUUAUACUGUCAGGAUUUCUACUACCAAAAAGUUUCACAGAGGUCCUUAUAGGUUAUUCCCUGAGAUGUCAGUCACUUUAUGUUGUCUAAUUGAAGUAAUUACAUGAUCAUUGCAUAUUUUAAAGCUUGCCCUUCCAAUGGGCUUUUCCCUGCCAUUUUCUUUAGUUCUGGAUCCAGUUUCCAUUUUUCUGUUUGUUGCUUGGUUGCUGCUGACAAAUGUGGAAUAUCUAGAAGUGGAUGGGGGAUAAGAGUUAUCAUCCGGUACAGAAAGAUGGACAAAGUUUCAGGUAAUGCAGUUGAUUUUGUGGUGAGGUAAGUUCAUUUAUAGCUUCUACCUUCAGAGUUUUAAGGGGUGCAAGAAAGUUGUGGGAUUCAUUAAUCGAUUGGUGCUUGAUUGGCUUGGUCUUAAACUGGGGGUGCUGGAAUUUAUGCUGGAAGUUUCUAUAUAGCAUGUCUUUUUGUGUUCUGGACCUGUGUUGUUAGGUAAAAGGUUAAAUAAGGAGGAGAUAGACUUCCAGGUGAAAAAUAAAGAAAUUAAGGUAUGGUAAUGAUUAAAUCAAAAAAUCUGAUUGUAGAGAAUUAAAAAGUAGUGGAAGGAGAGGAAUUUAGCAAUUAGGGAUCACAUCCAGAAUUUUAUAGGUAUCACUCCUUUCUGUCUUAGUGGCACAGAUAUGGACACACGGCAUGAUACGAACAUGGAAACAACAUGAUUGGAACACGAUAAAAUUUUGUAACUUCACAAAUGUAUUGUGUCAUAUAUAUGAAUAAUCUAUUCAAAGAUAAUGAAAAAUAUGUAAUCUAACACUAAUUCCAUUACAAAGCUAUAUAUUUCAUAAAGUAAACAUCAAUAUGCUAUUUUACCUAACAAAUAGAUUUUUUAAAUAAUGCAAAACAAUUAUAGAACAUUGUAAUGUAUAUGAUGUAUUAAUCUUAUAAAUAUUUCAAAACAUAUAUAGAGUGCAUAAAUUGUGUUAAAAUGUUAAACCUACUCCACUAAACCUAACCCACU